UAAGGAUAGCCAAUCAUUGGAACAGAAGCGUUCGACCUGUUGACAAGGAGAAGUUACCUAUAUAACAAAGGAUGGUACCAUCAACAAAACUACCAACGCCUAACCAAGGUACCUAAAUACAUUAUCGUCGACAUGGCAAGCAGCAGUGAGGCAAAUGCUACGGUAUCCCAAUACCUAGACGAUGAGCGUUUUCACCAGACCUUUAGGCUACCUUCUGGUGCCAGCCGAGCUACUGAAUUCAAGGUGACCUACGCUGAUUUCGGCCAUCGCAACAAUGAACACGUUUUGCUAUUCUGUGGGCCGUUGCUAGGAAGCCGCUAUUUGCUCACCACCAAGGACAAGCUUGCCCAGGAGAACGGCAUUAGGGUUAUAUGUCCAGACCGACCUGGCUUUGGCGGAACAACAAGCGACGUGCCAUUGUCCGACCGCGUCCGUGUCUGGCUGGACAUCGUCGAAACUCUGUUGAAGCAUCUCGCUAUCCGCUAUGUCUCUGUAGUCGGCUAUAGCGGCGGCUCUAUCUAUGCCAUGAACGUGGUCUUCCACCUACGCCACCUACUUCAUCCAGUUCGUCCCUACGUGGCCCUAUUGACACCCUGGGUUCACCCCUCCCACUCGGGUGUCUCAGCUCUUAAGAUUGCUGGGCUCUUGCCAAAUGGCCUCGUCGGUAGCUAUGACAGGCUCCUUCAGGUCGUUGGUAACAUGGGUUCGGCCUUCCAGUUCAGCAACAUUCUCUCUGGACUGGUACCAUCUCUAAGUCAAGUCACCGCCCCUUUAGACCAAGGUGUUGAUCCAGAUGCCGUCGCCCUAGAGGAGAGCUUAUCUUCGGAGCUCUUCCGUCGAAUUACGAAUGAGGAUGUCAGUGGCAUUAGUCAAGACUCUCUUCUCCUAUUAAAAAGAGACGCUUACCCGGGGUGUUGGGGCACCUGGAAAGAUUACGACACACUUGUUCCUCUGUUGGCCGAAGCCGAGAGGAAGCGACGUACAGUCGACUCUGACAUAGUCCCACCCCUAAAGGUCCACGUCUUCUUUGCAGAGUCUGAUGGCAUGAUUGGGACCAAAAGUGCCCCUGCAUGGUUGAAUCAUUGUUGGAGACCAGAGCAACGUGGCGACUUAAUCGACUACUAUAGUGAGACAAUCCCAAAGACCAGCCACAAUAACAUCUUGGAUCUCAGAUAUGGUGUUAUGAAUCAGAUAUUUCAGGAGAUGACUAAUUGGUAAACUUACUCAUUAUCAUCGACUAAGAAGUGAAAUAUUCGCAGAGUACUAUUAGAUUAAUUAUCAUCACUUAUGUACGCGUGCCUUGUAGUCUUACAACCCCCGCAGGAGAGUAGAGGCAGCUUAGAAAUCAGGUAAACAAGGGCGAGGGCCUUCCCGGAGUGUCUAGAACAGCCAGGAAUCAAUGCCACCAGACCCUUAUCCCUGUGCGAUAUACAUGUACUCCUGACACGACCUUUUUCCUGAGUUGAACCAAUCACUGUCUGUCGAGCAUAUUGAUUCAAAAAGCUACCUUA